AUGACCAGCACAGCCACCUCAGGCCUUUACUGCUUAUGCUUUCUGCCUGAAAUUCGUGUCAGCUUUUUUUUUCCUGCGUUCUCAUGCGGCCUGUUCGACGUUCGGGCACUUCACACUUCGCAGCGUGUUCGACGUUCGGGCACUGAACAAGGACUAUGGGCGCAAACACCGUCUCAACUGCAAGGUGUUGGGGCAGUGGCAGGGAAGCGUGAAAUGUUGAAUAUCAUUGUUCAAGUGGACGACGGUCUGCGAUGCGGAGCAAGCCCAGAAGGAGCUGCACCACGUUUCGUCUCCGCAACAAAUUCACUGUCUCCUUCUACUCAAGAUACGGCAAUGACAACAUCUGUUGAAAAUUUAUCGGAUGUCAACAGCGAUCAACAGUACAGUGUCAUCAGUCGCUCCAAAGAGCAAGGUAACUAA